AUGUUUAUGAGGAGCGGAUUGGUUGUGUAUGCCACAUUGGCGCUCAACCGAACGAAUAUCCCAAAGUGCUUUAAAUAUGUCAAUCUAGGUCGGGAAAUCAACGCGGUGAACGACUUUGCUCCGGAGCUCCGGAAAGAUAAUCUUCGCUUUGCUGAUAACGUCGUUCUUAUAACACCAAACAUUAGCCAAGCGGAACGAAUGCUUGACGACUUUGAUAAAACUUGUGGAAAGAUUGGUCUUCGAGUAAAUCUCACACAAACGGCGUUAAUGAAGGACGGUUUGGUUUCGCAUGCUCCAUUCACGCUCAACGGAGCGAAUAUUUCUAAAUGCUCCAGUAAUAUCUAUCUAACCCCACUCAGCGCUAUCGAACGUGCAGUCGAAAGGGCGAUACUAGGAGUAUCCCGUUUCACGCAAAUAAGGGAUGGGAUCGGAAGCCCCGACCUGCAUCAACGAUCAAAAAUCGAAGACGAAGUUUUGUACGCCAUACUGUCGAAGGUAAGGUGGGCUCGGCACGUAACGUGUAUGAAUGACAAGCGAUGGACAAGAGCCGUUAGUGACUGGAUUCUUCGGGAUGUCAAACGUACUGCAGAAAGACCACGGACUCGACGGUCAGUGGUCUUUGCCCCACGGAUUGCUCGGCGCUUUUCUCUACUAGUUUUCUGCCUGACGUUGCCAUGA